CAGAGAGGAGGAUGAUGAUACAGACACAGAUCAGAAACUAAACCCAGGAGGGACAACACACAGAACAGUCUCUAACGAGUCUCUUCCUAGUGAAACUACCAUCUUGUUUUUUCUUGGAGAGGAACAGGAGCUGAAUUAUCCCGCGCGGGAAACCGACGACACGCGACAUGUUGUAAAAAGUUUGUUUCGUUAAACACCCGCGUUUGAUCACCGGAUCGCAGCCGGGAGAAGGAGCCAACUGUCGGCUGCAGGUCCAGGGGCGCUGGCCAGGGUGCUGUCCUGUGGGAUGGGUGACGGCCAGGAGCAGGACCAGUACGAGGAGCAGCUAAAAGACGUUUUCAACAGCUUCGACAGCAGCGGCCGCGGCUCGCUGUGCCCGGAGGAGCUCGCCGACCUCUGCCAGUCGCUGCACCUGGGUGACGCCACGCCGGCUCUCCUCCGCGCUCUGCUGCGGAGCCAGGACCGCCUCGCCGCCAGGGUUGACUUUGAGCAAUUCAAGGAUGCACUGAUUCUGGUUUUGUCGUCAACCAUCGAGUCGCCUCAGGUAGAACAGGAAGCCUCGCAAGAACCAGCGUCGCCAAAGAUCCAGCCAAAGUUCGUGAAGGGCAGCAAACGUUAUGGCCGCCGCUCCACGCCGGAGUUGGUAGAGCCCAUCUCCGACUUCUCCGCAGUUAGCAACGCGAACCCAGCCGAGGGAGAGGACCUGGAGGGCAACUAUGACUCAGCCGUUCCUAGGAAACGUGAGCGCUGGAACGCUCACGAAUCAAGCACAGAGGAGUACGAGGCAGAUGGCCAAAUGCAUCUCUGGAACCCCGAUGAGCCGAGCACCCCUCGGGGAUCCAUCGCUCCUCUUUCCACCUGUUUGGAGGAGAGGCUGCGUGACGCCUGCGAGGAGCUGGACAUACCGUGGGACAGAUGUGCCGAUCACACGGAGCUGCACGCCCUCUGUGAACACCUGGGCCUGGAGAUAAAUGAGGAUCUCCUCCUGAGUCUGACCGGCGAUGGAGUGAUGAACAUUCAGGAGUUUGUAUCCAGGGUUUUAAACCACAACAAACCGCCCACACCCUCCGCCUCCACACCCUACAGACAGCUUAAACGACAUCACUCCACGCAGCCCUUUGAUGAGGGCGGCCGGAGGAUUGCCACCUCCUCUGUUUUGACCAGCACUAUUGGCAUGCGUCUCUUCUCCUCCCUUGACGAUGGCACCGGUUUCACUCCAGUCGAAUACGUCCUGGAUGCCUGGAUAGAAGAAGGCAUCGAAAACAGCACUGAGAUCCUGCAGGCUUUGAAUUUCGACCUCGAUGGCAAACUGAGUCUUGGAGACCUCACCAUGGCGCUCGAGAAUGAGCUGCUCGUUACUAAGAAUGGGAUUCACCAAGCGGCACUGGCGAGCUUCAAAGCUGAGAUCAGACAUCUCCUAGAGCGUGUCGACAGGGAGCUCAGGGAGAAAGAGAAAAUCCGAUCAGACCUGGAAAAAGCAGAAAAGCUAAAAACUCAGCUCGCCACAGAGGUGGACGAGCAUCACUCUGCGAUUGAGCACACGAAUAACCUGAAACUCAGGACCCUUGAGCAGGACUACAAGGAGAAACUAGCAGCUGUGCGAUCGGAGCUGAUGAAGGAGGUGGACCAGAUCCAGCAGCAGGCGGGCCUGCAGCGAGAGGAACUGGAGGCCAAGAUCGAGAAGAUCAGGGGCGAUGAGUCUUUUCUCCGAGACCACCUCUCCAUUUCUGUGAAGGAGAAUAGACGUCUUGAAAUGGAGCUGCUGGACAGCACAGAAAAACUAGUAGAUGCUCAAAGCCAAAUUACAAAGCUCCAGUCCAGUUUGGACAACGUAAUGAAAGAAAAGUUCGGAGACUUGGACCCCGGCAGUGCAGACUUCUUGCUUCAAGAGGAACGUAUCAGACAACUGCGCAGUGGCUAUGAAGCCCAGUGUCGGGAGCUGCAGGAUCGCAUUGAUGAGCUGCAGUCCGAGUUGCAGGAGUUCCACAGUCUCGGUCGAGUUCAUCAGACCUGCAACAAACCUCUUUCUGAGGAGCUGGAGAGUAAAAGCCCGGGCAUGGAGUCGGAUCCAGGCAUCGGUUCAGAGGAGGUUCAGCCAUUCAGCAUGAGCCUGGAGGCGGAGAUGAUGAUGGAGCGACUGAAGGAGCAACACCUUCAGGAAAUGGAGGAAUUGCAAAAUCAGCUGGACAGCAAAAUCAAUGAAUUUGAUAAGAUGGUGGAAAAGCAGAGGGCGACUCAAGAGGACCAGAACUCCAUCUCAGCUCUCCAGUCCCAGCAGGAGAUUCUGGCUCUGAGGGACGAGCUGGCCGGCGUUCAGAGCCAGGCGCAGGAGCUCCAGAGCCAACUCGAGCAAGUGGAGCUGGAGCGACGCGGCCUGGACCAGAAGCGGGCCGGGGAGAGGGAAGAGCUCGAAAACCUGCAAGAGGAGGAAGUGGGGAACCUCCGGCAACAGCUGCUGGAGGCCCACACUCACACCGCUGACCUGGAGGAGCAGCUGAGGUACCUCGAGGGCCAACAGGCCGAGGCGGAUGAGAACCGUCACACUGAGGUGGAGGUGCUGAAAAAUCAACAUGCCACUGAGAUUGAGAAGCUCAUGGAAGAGCAUGCAGGACUUUCUGAAGCCAGACUGGAAGAGGAGAUAAAGAAACUUCAGCAAGAAAAGGCCGAGUUGGAGAAGAGGUUGUUAGAUGAUUGUGAAAGGGAAAAGGAACGGUUGCAGCAAAGCCACGAGGUUCAACUUGAGGCCAAACUAGAGGAGGCAAAGUUGAGGUUCGAGGAGGAGCAGGAGGAGCUCGCGCAGAGACUUGCAGAGCAGUGGGAGAACGAGAGAGCUCAGCUGGAUGAGCAGAACAACGAGUCUCUGCAGGUGUUGCUGGAGGAGGAGAUGCUGAGACUCGUCAGGCAACACGAAGACAAGGUCGGCAAGCUCAGAGAGCAGUGGGAGAUGGAACGAGCUCGGCUUCAGGAGCAUCACAAGGACACGCUGCUCCAAAGGGUUCUCGACGAACGACUGCAGCUGCAGGAGCAGUUUGAGCAGAGGGAGACAAAGCUGAAGGGGGAGUGGGAGAGGGAGAGACUGCAGCUGGAGGAGGACUAUGAGGGGAUGCUCGAGGAGAGGUUGAACGAGGAGAGGGAGAAGCUCGAGACGGCGAAAGAGGAUGCGGAGAAGAGAAUAGAGAACUCAAUGGCGGAGGAGAGGGCUCUUCUGGAGGAGAGCCACCGAGGGGCCACGAAGGAGCUGACUGCGACGCACCGAGAGGAGAGGGACGCGCUCAGCGGCAUGCUGGACAAACUGCGAGAUGACUUCACCCAGGAGAGAUCUGAGACCUGUCGUCUUGCCGAAGAAAACCUUCUCCUCGGGCAAAGAAUCGCUGCUUUGAAGGAGGAGGACUUGAAAGUGGCCCAGGAAGAGUUGACACAAACUUUGGAGCACUUGGGAAAAGAGAAGAGCGCGGCUCAAAGGGCAGCGGAAAGAUUCCAGAAGCAGAUCGCAGAGCUCAGUUUGCAGAGCCAACGGCUGGAGGAUGAGAACAGGAUGCUGUCGGAGAAAAACGUCCAAAGUAUCGCUGCUGUGGAGAAUCUACGACGGCAGCUGGCAGAGCUGAUGGAGGAAAUGGAGAGGAGGGAGGCGCUCCCCGCUGAGGAUAAGAACAAGAUGGCCGCUUGUAUAUCUUCUCUGGAGGCAGAGCUGACCGCAGCUCUGGAGGACACUGCACAGCUGGAGGAGAGGAAUACCCAGCUGUCGCUGCAGCUGUCUGAGAAGACUGUGAAGUUGGACUCUGUGGAGAAUCGGCUCAGCCAUCUGCUGGAGGAUCAGCAGAGUGCGGACAUGGCGACUCAGGACCUCCGCAUCCAGCUAGCCGAAGCACACGAGACGGUCAAGACAGUGGACGAAACCUGUCAGAGCGUGAGCCAUCAAAGCGCUCGUCUGAAGGCGGACGUUCGUGUUUUACAGAAGGAGAGGGAUUCCCUCAAACGUGAAGUCGCAGUCCUGAACAAACAGCUGCAGAAUGCCACCGAUAAAAACCACGUUUUGGAAAGGGCCUUGCACUCGAGUGGUCUGCAGAGUCAGAGCAAGAAGCUGUACAGAGGGGAGAUGUCUCGGCUGAUGGAUCAAGAGCAGCAGCUGCUGAGGCAGGAAAACGAGAGGCUUCAGGCCGAAGUGCGCAGCCUCAAAGGAGACCUCGUGCAGUCCGGGGAGAAGGUCCGUCAGCUCGAUGCGGCCAUCUUGUCCGUGAAGCAGCACAAACAACAGAGUCAGUCGUCGCUGGUGAAGGCUUUGGAACAGGAGAACGCCUCUCUGAGGCAGGAGCUCGAGGCUCAAAGGGAACUGACCAAGGGCUGUGAAGCUGGAAAAGGACACACGGAGCUAGAAAACCUUCAGCAAGAGAAUGAGGCACUCAAGGCCCAAAUGGCCCGACUGUCUACACAGCUUAUAGAGAGCUUUCAGGCUCAUUUGGUCGGACUCCUGCCGCCGUCCCCUCACAGGAUACCCAGAGGACAGCAUCGAGGGGAAGAUCCGGACAACGUGCAGGGGCCGAUGCCGGAGCAGCGGGCGGCUCACGCAGACAGCUACCGGCGGAUCGGUGGAUUGUAACACCAGCGCGAUUCCCCCUGCUCCUCGCUUAAUCCUUCUCUAACCUCCGAGACUGCUGCUCCCGCCCCACCCACCCCACCCCACCCCACCCCGCCCCCAUGUUCUGCUCUUCCUCUGCUUUGUUUGGAGCAAAAAAAACGCGACCGGAAGGCAGCACACGGUGCCGUCCCGCUUCUUGCAUCCUUAUAGGAGAUUAGGAUCUGAUUUUGCCUGAUUUUGAAAAGGCUCGAAUGUGUAAUUGUAUUUCUUUGCUGCCAGGUGGCAGGAAAACACAGAAAAAUGACUCCUGGUGAUUUCCCCAUGGGAUUUAAAAUAAUGACACUAUCAUUGACAAUUUCCAGUUUGUAAGCAAAUGCCGUAGGAAAUCUCGAUUUCAACGUGGCGUCUUGACAAACUUCUUAACUCUUGACUACAGGGAGUCCUUUUUAAUUUUUCUGGGAAUGUUCCGUUUUGCACUCGUUACAAUUCACCAUUGUCUGGGACAAUACAAAUGAUCCUCCGAGGCCGAGUCGUGUGUUGACAGUUUGCCUUGUGAUCAUCGCGGCGUGUUAACGCUGAGGCGAGGUUAGUGCCUGUCAGCCUUCUGAGCCUUUUUCUAACAAUCAAGCGAUUCCAACCUGUUGUUAUUGUCCGGUGAUGUAUCCGCGUCGUGUCCAGUCGGGGUCUGUACAGAUUUUCUUCAUGAAGGCACCAGCUUCUUCUCACUUGUUUCUGUUAAUGCCUGUAUUUCUUUCUUUGACACUACACAUAGUUGAAUGUUGAUGUUUUUUUCCUUUUGGUCGUCUGGGCCUGUGUGUUGUUGUUUGUGUUGCUGUUGCACAACCAAAGUGAAUCACAAAAUUCUGGGUUAUGUUAUUUUUCUCUCUCUUUCUUUCUCUUUCUCUUUAACAAGGACUGUGAUCAAACACGUCACACAACUAUUAACUUUGAAUGUUUGUCUGGUGUUUGUCAUUCGAGAUUCCACAUGAGCCAAAUCAUAGUUGUUUGAGUAGUGUGUCAUUAGUACAAUGUGUCAUCAUAUCUGUUAUUGUAAUGUCUGUAUUUAAGUUUGUGAGUCAUGUAGUGAGUCUUUUUUUUUUUCUGCUUUUCUUUUUUUUUUUGCACCAUGUAUAGCCUCACCUGAAUUCUAUUUGAUUUAUGUUGUUAUUUAUUUUUGCAGAAUCAUGCAAGGGUUUAUUUUAUUUUAUUUAUGCAUUAAAUUAUUAUUUUUUGUAGAGGUAUCUGGAAUACAUGGCAUAAUUUUAUACCUAUUUAUUUUUUAGUGUGCUCUCCUCUCCUUAGAAAUGUGCUAGACUUCAUUUAAAUGCAGGAUUUAAGACAAAAUAAAGCAACUAGUUCACAAGAAUUUAGUCCCAUUUGUUGUUUCUGACUCAAGAGUUUGAGUUUACACCAGCUCAAAGGCGACACGAUGCAAAUUUCAUUAUAAUUUGCUCCC